UGCACAAAUGCUCAGACAUCCUGCUAGGGCUUAUUUUAUGGGUAGGUCUUAUUUUCGGGGAAACACGGUAGUUGUCUGGGUCCCGGGGUGGUUUCGGGGAUAUGAUGGUCACCCCCACAGGUCCCCCAAGCUCCCUGUGCCACCCAGGGUGUAGCAGGCUGAGUCUCGUUGCAGGAGCAUGCUCAUCCCCUGCAGCAGGUGCUAGAAGGGUCCAGAAAGGCCUAAACCUUUCCAGGCCCCGGGGGGCCUUUCCUGCUCCCGUGGGGUUGGCUUUCCAGGGGCUGCUCUUUUGCAAACAUCAUCAAGACACACACAGGUGGGAUCUGUCCCAUUUCAGCCACACCAGGUGACAUCCCCAGAGGACUGGGUGAGCCCGGCCAGGUGGCUGUGGCAGAGCCGGGUGGUGCCGGCCGGGGCCCUUUGCCCCAGAGGUCCCGUCUGUCGGGGCCACCAGGUGGGGUCUGGGGCCUGGGGCUGGAGGCUGUGCCAGAAUAUCCCCACGUCCGGGCCUGGCCCUGCCAACCUGGACCUUGCCUGCCCCCAGCCCGCACGGCGCCCACGCUGGCCCCGGCAGCACUGGGGUGGGUGCAGCUGGGGCCCAGCGGGAGCUGGAGGCCCAGGCCCUGUCGCUGAGUGACAGGGUGAUUAUGCUGUCACGGGCCCGCUGGAACUCUGCCUCCUGCACGGAGAGGCAGAUCACUGGGGAGGCCCCCAGCCGUUGCCAGCCCAGUGCCCGGCAGCCCACUGUGCCCACCCAGUUUCAAUGACCAACGUGAGGGUUUCCAUCGUGGCCCAGGGGACCGGCACGGGCCGUCAUCCGGAGCCGGGCAGCGGCCAGCCCGUCCCAAGCGGGGACGGAGGCCGGGCUGUGGACUUCGAGGCUGCCAUGUGAAGGCACCACCAGACCCAGGGCAGGUGGUGACGGGGCUCGCCUGGCGCCUGCUCACCACCUCGGCCGGCCCUGUGGCCAUGCCCACCCCGGUCCUGAGCCUGCUGCCCGCCUGCCUGGGGGCCGCACUCCAGCCAUGCCCCAGAGGCAGCCAGCGGCAGGGCCCAUUCUCCCCCGGGGCCCCGAGGAGAGCAGUCGCCUGGAAGGCCGGCAGCAAGCCCAGGGACGGCGGGCAGCGUCCACUUGCGGGGGAGGAAGACCUCAUGGCUGCCCUGACGCGACCGGGGCCCUCCCAGCAGCCAGGCCCCCUCUGGGCGGCUCCCCAGGCGGCCCGCCCUGACCACGCCAAGGAGCCAGGCCCCCGGGGGGAGCUCCGCAGCCUGCCCAUGUGGUCCACGGGACCGGAGGCCAGCGACGGGGACAGCUCGGUGUCAUCGGGCCGCCUCUCGGGCUCCUCGGGGGGCCACAAGCCCUGCGAGCCUUCCCGAGGGCCCUGGCAGGAGAGGCCGCCCCAGGCGCGGCGGCCCCAGCGGCUGCCCAGGAGGAGCGACCCGCGGCUGGAGCGGCUGAAGGACAAGAUCCGGGCGCAGGUGCACUGGCAGGGCAGCUGCGCCUCGCUGGACACCACGGAGCCGUCCAGCGCCUCCAGCUUCUGCAAAGCGCCCUCGAAGGCACUCAGGAGGAAGAGCCGCAAGGUGACAAACGCCCUUCCAGCCCCCCCGCACCCAGCCGAAGCACUAAGGGGAAAAGCCAAAAGGGUCACAAACAGCUCUAGCAAAAGGCAGAAGGCCCCCAAGUUGCCCACCUCCCGAAGAGCUGCCAAAGACAAAGAUUCCGAGCCGGUCGGUGUUUACGGCUGGAGAAAAGGACAAGCCCUGGUGAGGAUGCUGCUGGGGCCCCCUCCCGCCCUCCCCAGGCCCCAGAGCCAGGCGCGCUCCAGAGACCCGGCCCUCGCUGUGGAAUUAGGGGACAGCAGGAAAGUUGCAGCCAUGAAGGGCUCACCUGUCCGUGCCCGGCCGCCCUGCCCUGUGUCUGCCAGGCCGGCGGCGUUUGACAACACGCCCAGCCUGUCCUCCUUCGACCAGCCAGCGACGAUCCACACUGCCAUGGCCAUCCUGCGGGACCUGCGCCGGCAAAUCCAGGCCGGGCUGGAGCUGGCCCAGGGCCCCAAGGGAUGGAGGAAGUCGAGGCUGCAGGACGGGGCAGGGAGGACGGGGCAGGGUCCCCGGGGUGCCCCGGGGGCACAGAGCUCCUCCUACAAGAGUACCGGGGCCUCGGCAGAGGGGACGUCCUCCUCUUUAGUGAGGUCUUCGAGCUUCCACGCCUGGCAGCCCUGGAGCACCUCGGCCAGGUGGAAGUCCCGUCCGCAGAGGGCCUGGGCAGCCCAAGGACAGGACUCCUCCUUCCAGAGACCUGAGAGCCCCCCUGACAGGUGGGAUCACCUCUCUCAGCGGCCCUGGAGUGCCUCUGCCGCGCAGGCCUCCCGUCCGCAGAGGGCCUGGGCGGCCCGAGGACAGGACCCCUCCUUCCAGAGGCCCGGGAGCCCCCCUGAGCGGCUGGGCUCCUCCUCUCUGCGGCCCCGCAGCACCUCGACCAGGCAGGUCUCCGGUCCGCAGAGGGCCUGGGCGGCCCAAGGACGCUGUGCCACCUUCCAGAGGCCCGGGAGCCGCCCUGAGAAGCUGAGCCCCUCGCCCCAGAGGCCCUGGAGCUCCUUGGCCGGGCGGGCCUGUCCGCAGAGGACCUGGGCAGCUUGUGAAGACCGUGAGGCCCCUGCCCCCAGGCCGAGGAGCCCUCUGGAAAGGCCGAAGUCCCCCACCCGGUGGCCCUGGAGCAGCUCCUGGGAGCAGAGGGCCGGAGCCCCGAGCUCGGGCGGAGGCUCCGUCUCCCCCGCCCUGGGAGCCAGGCCCGCCUGGCAGGGGCCCUCGCGGAGCCUCCCGCAGAACCCGCCAGGGAGGAAGGACAGGUCACCCAGCCCGAGGCCCCGGGGGCUCCCGGGACACCAGCACAGCUCCGAGUCCCUGCAGGAGUUCAUGCGCCAGAAGGCGCAGGCGCGGCGGCGGCAGGCCCUGGAGGAGAAGGCCUCCGAGGCGCAGGCGCAGGGGCAGCGGCAGCAGAGGCUGCGGGAGGUGUACCGGAAGCAGCGGGAGGCCGUCCUCGGCAGGGCCAUCCCCAUGGUGUCCCAGACCUCCCCCACCAUCGUGACCUUUGUCCCCAGAUCCACGCAGUCUGGGGGCCCGGAGGCCCCUGGGAGCCGGGAGUCACCAGGGCUGGAGUGGAGCAAGGUGACGUCCGGCGUGGUGCUGGGGGACCAGGAGGCCCCGGACAGCUUCUGCCUGUGUUUGAACAGAGCCUGCAGCCACGCUGCGGCCCUGAAGCCGAAGAGAGGCCCCCAGGACCGCCGGGACGCCGGAGCCCCUCUGCCGCUGCCGCCAGCCUCCUCCUCCUCCGGCAACCUGCAGCUCCGGGACCUGCCCCGGGGGCUGUGCAUCUACCUGGACCCCCAGGAGGCCGAGCACCUCGGCAUGCCCGGGCCCCUGAACAUCGAGCACAAGCAGGCGCGGCUGCAGGCCCUGGAGACCACGGCCAACGUCCUCAAGCGGCGGGUUGACAGCCUCACCGCCAAGCUGCAUGGGCCCGAGGUGCUGGACGCCGUCCCAGACCUGGCCUUGGACCUGUGGCCCUCGCACCCCAGCUCCGAGCCUGCUGCCCCCAUGCUUGCCGCGCCAGCCCGCUCUGGAACCCUGGUGCCCAGCGGGGGCAGAGGGGCGCUCCAGGACUGGGUGGACAUGCAGCUCCGGCCCCUUCUGUCCCCCACCUACCUCCUGGACGGGGAGACGCCGCAGAGGGAGCACCCGACGGCCCGCGCCAAGGGGAAGCUGGCAGGUUUCACGAAGGAGCCACGAGAGGAGGAGCAGGACACCAGGCUGCAGAGGAGCGUGACCCCCCUCCAGGCCCUCGGCACCCUUUCGGGGAGACUGAAGCACCCAGGGCGGGAGCCCCAGGAAGCCAAGGGACCCCGGCUCGCAAACCCAGAAGCUGGGGGAGGCGGUGUCCGGAGGAGAGGCCGGCGGCGGUCUAGAAGCCCGGCCUCUGCCCGGCGCAGUGAGAGCAGCUCACCCGGGGCGCCAGCCACACCGGACCCUGCCUGGAGCUCCCUGCGGCCGGAGGAGCUGCCGGAGAAGCUGCCGUCGACCAGAGGGGCCGGCCCCGCAAAGCCCUGGCCCCCCCGGAGCUGCGGUAAGGGCGAGCCUGCAGGCAGGCCCUGGGCUGGCUGGUCGGGGGGCCUGGGAGGUCCGCCGGGGACCCCCCAACCGCGUAGCGCUCCAGCUCAGCCCUGCAGGGUGGACAAGUCCCCUGGCACGUGGGCACCACCCACACGUCCGCAUUAAAGUUUUUUGGAGGCUUUUGGGA